CGUUAAUAAUUUUGUAACUAUUUUCUUAGUUAAAAUACUAAAAUUUUGGAAUGUUGACCUUCAUGUGUCUCUUUUAAGUCAGUUUCAUGUUGCCAAGUCAAUAUUACUAACAAAUUUGCUAAUUGGAAGUUAACAUUUGGCUAAUUCUUAGUAUUUCGAUAUGUUUGGAUAAUAUAAAAGAGUCUGAAAAAGGUUUGGAUAAAAAUAGACAUUACCAAAAAAAAUAAAGGAUUUGAAAAAGGAACAUAGAAUAUAAUGUUUUUUUAAAUAUUAGUAUGUGCUUUUAUUUCAUUUAAUCAGAUCCUCAUAAAUUGUGAUUCCAUGAUCUUUUCUUUGUCUUGAGAAUGAGUUCACAUAGUUAAACCACUAAACUUUAGAAGUUGUUUAAGUGAAUAUUGACUGUUAGAUUAAUCUUAAGUAGUUAGUAAUUAAUUAUGGGAUGAUAGUGGUUGUUGGUUAGUUAAGAAUACUUAAGGAAUUUUUAAAUUAUUUUAAACCUAACUUAAAUAAAUAAUUAGAAUGUAGGAUUUUCUCCCUUCCUCCCCAACCCUAGUUAUCAUAGGAUUUAAUCUAUGGUUUACUUGCUACACUUGAUCUUAGCCAAAAGGCAAUUAGGUUUUCAUCAUUUAGAUAUGUUUUUAGUAGAUGCUGCUCACUCUGCCGUUGGCCUUGCAGUAGGUUGGUCCGUUGAGACUUCGAUCUUAGUUUAAUGUAGUGAUUCCUUUUUUGUGACUUUGAAUCUUAAUAUAGAUCAAUUGGAUUAUGUGGUGGUUUUUUUGUUUGCUUGAGCUGUGAUUAUACUACUAAGACGUUGCGACUUCAACGAAUUGCCAAUUUUUGUGCCCACUUAAGGGUUCCCUUCAUGAUCGUUGGGGAUUUUAAUACCAUCUUGGUCAUUCUGCUAAUCUUCGGGGAUUUGUUGAUAAUUUGGGACUACAUGAGCUUCCUUUUUAGGGUCGACUUUUACCUGGACUAACAAGCGGGAUCUGAGCCAUGUGGUUCAAGAGGUUCGACAGAGCGUUUGUCUCAAAAGAAUGGGUAUUAAAAUUACCAGGAUACAUGAAUCAUCAUUUUAUCGGAUCAUGAGUCGGAUCAUCGUGCACUUUUGUUUGUCAUCGAGGACAUUAAGAAACUAGGUAAGUCGAUGUUCCGAUUCGAUUGAUGUGGAGAAAUCCCGUGGUCCGGACAAUGACCAAAUAUUGUUUGGAAAAUGGAGUUUGAGGGCUCUCAUAUGUACCGAUUGUGGUGCAAGCUGAAGAAACUAAGACAUUUGUUGUAUGAUUGGGCAAAAGGGGCACCUCGAACUCAGCUAGGCAUAUUCAAACUCCCGAAAGGGAAAUUGAUAGAUUCUGAAUGGAAGUGAGUGUGUAUUUGGAGAGCAUAAGGGAUCUAGAAGUGGAGCUUCGGACUGAUUGGACAAAUGAGGUGAUAUAUUGGAAACAGAAGUCCAGGGUGGAGUGGUUGCAGGAAGGAGAUAAGAACACGUCCUACUUCCAUUUGGUGACACAGUCGCGCCGAAAGUGGAAUUUUAUCUCAGGAUUAUUUGCACCAAAUGGGUCUUGGGAGACAGAAGAAGAUGGAAAGGCCAUAGUGGCGAGUGACGUUUAUUCCUCGCUAUUUUCUACUGAUGGUAUGGAUGCUUAGUUUGUCAGAGAACAAGUGUUAAGCUUGCCGAUUGGGGAGCAACUAACUGUUGCAAUGAAUGAGAAGCAAUCGACAAAGCUCUCACCGUCAGAAAUUCGUACACUUGUCUUUAAGAUUUGGGAACUCAGGCUCCUGGUUCUGAUGGCUUUACAGGGGUUUUUUUGAAAGUUCUGGGAUAUAAUUGGUAGGGAUGUUACAGAGGUGAUGACACACUUCUUUGAAACUGGGGGUCUAUUGAAGAAUUUUAACCACACUUGGUUGGUUUUAAUUUCGAAGUUACAACCAAUUUGUCUAUGUUAGUUUGUGUACAAAGUUGUAUCUAGAAUUCUGGCUGAAAGACUAUCUCGUCACCCACCUGCAAUGUAUCUUUGGGCCAUAAUGGGUUUGUGUGAAUUGUUGAUAACGUUCUCAUUGGUCACGAGGUCACGCAUUAUCUGCGGAAUAAACAGGAGGGAAAACAAGGAUUUAUGGCUUUGCGGGCUGAUAAUGAUAUGGAAAAGGCAUAUGAUAGGGUGGAAUGACCAUUUUUAUUCAAAUUGCUUGAAAAACUUGGGUUUUGUGAGCAAUGGAUUAGAUGGCUCUUGGAUUUUGUUACAUCUUCAACCUUCUCAGUUAUGAUGAAUGGUUGUCCUUCAUGCUACUUCGCUGCAUCUCGUGGCCUACGGCAGGGUGACCAUCCCUCCACUCUAUUAUUUGCUUCGGUGCAUGGAAGGUUUUGUUGCACUGCAUCAAGCUAUUGUUCGAAAGUCCUUAACAAGGUUUUGUAUAAGCCCUCGAUGUCAUAUGGUGGCUCAUUUGAUUUUUUUCAUAUGAUUCUUAUAUGUUUUUGCGAGUUUCUAGGCCAGAGUGCCCUUGUUUAAGGGCGUUCUUGGCUAGAAAUGAGGCAUUGAGUGUCAGAAGGUUAACCUGGAUAAGUCGGUCGUAUACUUUAGUCGGAAUGUCAAGCAACAGGACAUUGAGCAGCUUGGUAAUAUCCUGGGAGUUGGUGUUAUUAGAGUCACAGACCAGUAUUUGGGCUUACCAACCCUAGUGGGUCGUUUAAAGAUGGAGACGUUUCGAUACAUUGAGGAGAGGGUAUUAAGUCGGAUGCAAGGGUGGAAAAGGCGAUGUCUCUUGUGGUCGACAAGGGAGGUUCUGAUGAAGGAUGUGGUGAAUGUUAUGUCUAUUCACGCAAUGUCAUGCUUUUGGUUACCAGUUUAUAUGUGUAGGUACCUGGAUAGACAUAUGACUCGCUUCUGGUGGGGAGCUAAAGCAGGUUAGUACAAAAUUUAUCGGAUCUCAUGAAAGAUACUAUGCCCGAGUAAAGCUAAUGGGGUUGG